CAAUAACAGAACUCCAUUCGUCAUAACCUCUCUUUAAAUAAGAAAUGGUUUUGCAAAAUCGACAGAAGACCAACUCAAGCCAAUCCUGGUAAAGGUUGUUACUGGACAUUACUACCGGGAACAGAGCAAAUCUUUAUCGAUAAUCUGACGCAAGAAGGCGGUCAUAGUCGAAAACACCACGACAUUGGACUGACGACCGAAUUAUCCGUGGGCCAACGAAGAGGCGCCUGCUAUUAUCGGAAUAACUCUACUGUUCCACCACCACUACCAUCCACAUCCUCCUCUGUAACACCGAAUAACAACGCUACAUCCACACAUCAACCGCCCAUUGUCACGCUAUCCUCUUCUACAACUACCACAUCUUCCUCUACAUCGAUAGCCACACCACUCCCUUUACCUCCACCACCACCUCCACCUCCUCUCUCAUCUUCCGUACCAACACUUCCACAACAGCAGCAGCUGUCAUCGUCGGAAAUGCAUUUAGUUACACCACCUCUUACUCCAACGAAACCUGAUGUAGCCAUGCAUCAUCACUAUCUUCACCCUCAUUCUUCCUUUUCACAACUGAACACGUCAACAAAGCCUCUCAUUCAUUCGCCUCUUUAUACUAACUUUCGUAUGGUAGAUAGAGCGCCUAAAUGUGCCGACAUUAAUUACUAUCCGACACGAAUACCUACAACACAGCAGCACCAGCACCAGCACCAGCAGCAGCCUCAUCAUCAUCCUCAUCAUCAACAUCAUCAUUCUAUCAAUAUGGAUGAUAACCAAUCGGAUAAUGACUCUGGUGUCGAUGUUGGUAAUGAAUAUCUAUUAAGCCAAGGAAGAGAUUCCCUCGGGAGUAGCACCACUCUUGUGAAUCAAAAAUACAAUAAUAAGCGUCGACGUUUAAAUCAUCAACAACAACAACAGCAACAACAGGUAAAUAACCACGUGGUUGUUCCAACACAGCAACCACCUCCUCCUACCACUGCCGCUACUACAUCCACCCUCCUACCCGACACAAUUUCCUCUUUUAGCUGUAUACCUCCCUCCAUGAUGAGUACUGUUACAGCACCUUAUGAAGUCAAUCAUUGGGUAGAACAACAGUCUUUAUUUUAUACCGAACUUCAGCAACAACAACAACAACAACAACAACAAUUUUACCAUCCUACCUCCACCACGCCAUUGAAUACCACCACCACCACCACCACCACCGCGUCACCUUCUUGCCCCCUUUUACUUGAUCAUACACCCACCGCUGCCACAAAUACGACAGCGACAUCCCCAUGGGAUCAAUCUACUACCCCUCAUACUGUUCUCACUACCCCUCAAUUUGAAUCUCAAUCCUCACCCAUGUGGUUCAAUCACACCGGUGGCCAUCCCAAUACACACCCGGGCAUUGCCAUGGCGGAACCCCUUAUGAAGCAACCUCUGUCAUUACAACCUCCUUUUGUUACUACCACCACCAUUCAUCUUGAUCAUGACGAUGAAGUGACUCAAAAAUAUCUCCAUUUCGAAGAAGACGCGACAAACGAUGAUAUUAUGCUCCAUUCCUCUUCUACCCAUACAAAUAAUAAUCACUUUAUGCUUUUCAAUAAUAAUAAUAAUAUUAAUAAUAAUAACAAUAAUCAUACCACUACUCAUUCCCAACAGCAGCAGCAACAACAACAACCACAACCACAACCUAUGGUGAUGAGUGAUUACACUUUAUACCCAACCACUUACUAUUAUCCAACAUCUACCACCACCACCACUACCACCACCACUACCACCACUGCUGCCGCCACUGUCGAUGCCCCUCAUAUUAAUUCAACAUUUCAUCAACCCUCAUUUGUAUCUAUGCAAGACAUUCUCUAUACAAACACUACUACUCCUGAUCUUCAUAAUAAUACUAUUCAUACUUCUUCAUAAUGGUGAAUAAAAAUAGAAAGGUUAACUUUAUUUUAUUUUUUUGGUUAAAAAAAACUCAAACCUUUUUUCUGCUAAAUUCACGUCCCGCAUAAAUUUAUUUUUCUACCACUUUUUUGAGACAAUGUUUCCUAAAAAAUGACAAAAAAUCCGGCUCCUGUCCCAUCCUCCAUCAUCUUUAUCGUUCUAGCGUUCUGUUUUAUCGUAAGCAGUCGUAAAUGUUAAAAAUAGAUCUAUAGUCAUUC